AUAGUCAGUGUCACUUUGAUUGAAGGUCGUGAACUCAAAGCCAUGGAUCCAAACGGGCUCAGUGAUCCCUAUGUGAAAUUCCGACUAGGACACCAGAAGUACAAGAGUAAGAUUAUGCCAAAAACUUUGAAUCCUCAGUGGAAGAGACAGUUUGACUUGCAUCUCUAUGAGGAACGAGGUGGAAUUAUUGAUAUGACAGUGUGGGACAAAGAUGCUGGCAAAAAGGAUGAUUUUAUUGGCAGGUGCCAGGUUGACCUGUCGACCCUGAGCAAAGAGCAAACUCAUAAGCUGGAGUUGCCUCUGGAGGAAGGGGAAGGCUUUCUGGUAUUGCUGGUCACCUUGACUGCCUCAGCUGCAGUCAGCAUCGCUGACCUCCCAAUCAAUGCCCUGGAGGACCUAAAGGAACAGGAAGAAAUACUAAAGAGAUAUAGUCUAGUGCGGAUGUUUCAUAACAUGAAGGAUGUGGGAUUUCUCCAGGUGAAGGUUAUCAGAGCAGAAGGUUUGAUGGCAGCUGACGUUACAGGUAAAAGUGAUCCAUUUUGUGUAGUUGAGUUGAACAAUGAUAGACUGCUGACCCAUACGGUGUACAAGAAUCUUAAUCCUGAAUGGAACAAGAUCUUCACAUUCAAUAUUAAGGAUAUCCACUCAGUUCUUGAAGUGACAGUUUAUGACGAAGACCGAGAUCGGAGUGCUGACUUCCUGGGCAAAGUGGCUAUACCAUUGUUGUCUAUUCAAAAUGGUGAACAGAAAGCCUACGUCUUGAAAAACAAGCAGCUGACAGGGCCAACAAAGGGGGUCAUCUAUCUUGAAAUAGAUGUGAUUUUUAAUGCUGUGAAAGCCAGCUUCCGAACGUUAAUGCCCAAAGAACAGAAGUAUAUUGAAGAAGAAAACAGAAUUUCUAAACAGCUUCUUCUAAGGAACUUCAUGCGGAUGAAGCGUUGUGUCAUGGUUCUUGUAAAUGCCGCCUACUAUAUAAACAGUUGCUUUGACUGGGAUUCACCACCAAGGAGUCUUGCUGCUUUUGUGCUGUUCCUCUUUGUGACCUGGAAUUUUGAGCUGUACAUGAUUCCUCUAACACUGUUGCUACUGUUGGUGUGGAACUACUUCCUGAUCAUUUCAGGGAAAGAUAAUAGACAACGUGAUACGGUAGUGGAGGACAUGCUAGAGGACGAGGAAGAAGAGGAUGACAGAGAUGACAAGGACAGUGAAAAGAAAGGAUUUAUGAAUAAGCUCUAUGCCAUCCAGGAAGUGUGUGUCAGUGUCCAGAACAUCCUUGAUGAAGUGGCUUCCUUUGGAGAAAGAAUAAAGAAUACAUUCAAUUGGACUGUUCCGUUCUUGAGCUGGCUGGCAAUCGUUGCCCUCUGUGUCUUCACAGUCAUCCUGUAUUUCACUCCACUGAGAUACAUUGUCCUUGUCUGGGGGAUCAAUAAAUUUACAAAGAAGCUCCGAAGUCCAUAUGCAAUCGAUAACAAUGAAGUACUUGAUUUCCUUUCUAGAGUUCCUUCAGAUGUGCAAUUGGUGCAGUACCAAGAACUGAAACAUGAUCCUACCCACAGUCCAAGUAAGAGGAAGAAAAACAACCCUGGCUAGCCAAAUCCGUGUGCUGAGGAGACCAUCAUCUGUUCAAGGGGAAAAUAAAACUAAAAAGCUCUAGACCUAAGGAGCAUUUCCUCUCUCUAAGCUUUAUUUAUUUUGCCUUUUAUUCAUAAUGGGAAAAUUUAUAAAUACUGUACCAAGGGAUUUAUCAGUGAAAUUGCACUUGAAGUUGGACAGAGUUAUGACGAAGGCUUCAAAUUUAGUUUAAGCUGAAGUUUUGUUGGAGUCCAUUUAUAGCAUGAAUGUGAAAUGGUAAGUGAUAUGAUAGGCACACAUGACUGGAUAAGUAAAAGAUACAUUUUUAAACUCAUGCUCUGGUUAAUUUUUAAAAGCUAACUGAGGAUUUAUGCAUGACCCAUCCUUUUAUCCAAAGAAGAUCACUCUUUUUUAUAUUUUAUACAUUUUGCCAGAAGAACAGAGCAAAGGCACUUAUUUGUGUGUUUCAUCCAAAAGAAAUAAAACUGUAAUUAGACCCUGCUGCAAAUAAACAAACUGACUAGGGCUUGCCUAAAAGGCAAGCUAUAUAUACACUAAACGCAAAUGUCUUACUGGAGCUCCAAAGAUUUAAAGAAGUUCUUAACACUUUUAUCAUUCCACCACAAGACUUUGAAAAAAAAUAUACCUGUAUCUAAAAUACUGCCAGGUUUAUAACGGAUUGCAUCUUUAACUUUUUAUAUUGCCACUAAUCUUGAUUUGUACUUACUUAGCCUAGUGAAGAACCUGCAUAUCGUUCAGUAGUGAAAGAAAUAUUAUCAGAUUAAAACCAUAUUGCUUCAGGUGUCAGGCUGUGAACACCUUUUGUGCACAUAUAGUAUGUCAAUACUAAAAUCUGUUUGCUUCCUAAUCAAAAGGCCAUUUUAAAAGGCUUUAUAGCAUAGCACUUGACCUAGUACUGUGGCAAAUGAAAAAGAAACAAUGUGGGCUGAAUUUAUAUACCUGUUUUGUUUCUUCAUUUGAUUCACCUAAUCAGUCCUCCUGAUAGUUAAGUGCCCUGUUGCGUGGAAAGCAUUUUUUAAAUUGUGGCAGAUGGGAAUAUAGUUUACAUUUCAAAACAUUGCCAUUGCAUAAUGAGUGGCUAGGAAUAUAUUCUUAAACUGUGACCAGUGGAGCUCUUGAGUUGAGUCUGUACACCUAAGGACCUUAUCAUGUAGUCCUUACAGAAAACCUGCAGUGGAUGUCAAAAGGACCAAUUAAGAACUAAUGGAUUUGUGCCCUCGGGAGGGGGGGGGGAGAGAUUCCACACUCUUCAUUACAGAACAUUCAGUCUGCGUGGUGGCUGCUUCCCAGAUUCUAUUGCACUACUUACUGUUAAAAUAGUACUUUUUUUGAGAGAGAAAUAUUCAAUAGUAUAUGCACAGGAAAAUGUAUAUACAUUAAUUUACAUCUAAAGGUAUUCUUAAACUACAUUUCUCAUGAAAGCUGAUUUUGAAAAUUAUUUUUAUCUUAGAGAUGUGUUGCUGUUUCUUACAAAAGAACUAUUUUGAAAUUGCCUAUUUAUACAACAUGCUUGAAAGAAUGCCAAACAAGUUAUGUAUCUGCAGGGAAGACUUGACCCGAACAUGUUCUGGUUAUGUAGCCAGGUGAUCGUGACUUAUUCAAUAUGCACAUGUAUGCAGGUCGUGUCUCUGUUUAUUGCUGAUGAACAAAUAUGCCAUUAAUGAAGUCAACCUAUUGAAUCGUCUGUAUUAAUGUUGAUAAUUUCUUUUAGUCUGAAAUAUUUUGUUCACAGUGAAAACCUGUUACAUAAUACAUGAAGACUUUUCUCUUUAUUUGUUCACUUACUAUUAUCUAUCAUUCUGUGGGCUUUUUUUCCCCCUGUACAAAAUGCUGACCUAACUUAUUUAUGCCAUUAAACUCAUAUGACAAACGAUU